GCUCACCUGGCGCCAGCGCUAGGCCUACGUCCCCACCUGGUGGCGCUCUUCCUGGUGCUCUCGGGCGGAGAAGAUGCCUGUGCUCCUUCUUCCGUUCCCCGGGCGGGGCUCGGCCAGGCCGGCCCUUCGGAAUGUGCGCUUCGCUCCCUCCUGCUCCCAGAGCGUUCGGGUAGCACACCUGAGCGCGGAGGUGGAGGGGCUCAGGGGCCCGGGUCGGAAACCCGCUGGGAGGAAUGGUGGGGUUGGGGUUCUAAGGGCCCCAUCUCCUCUCGCAGGGCAGACCCCGGAGUAGGGGUCCCAUAUGCACCCCUUUCGUGGUGCCUCCCCACCCCCAGUGCAAACACUUUGAACUUGCUCGCCUUGCUUCCUGGAGGCUGUACUCAGUUGAUCUGAGGCAGCCACCUGCAAGGGCGGAUCUGGAGGAAGGGCACCUCCUCUUAGGGAGGAACCUGCUUGCUUCCCUGAGGUUUCCCAUCCUUGACUGAGGUCCAGUGAGGUGAUUAGACCAGGGUGUGCCACCCCUCUGGGUUCUUGACAGCCAGGCUGUCUACACCUCAGUCCCUACACACCCUUACCUCUAGACUGUAAUUCGGGCUUCUGGGGUUCAUCUAGUGCUCCAGGGGCUGGCUCCUCCACUUCCCUGUGCUCAGCCUCUCCCUCUUUCUCUGAAAUACUGCUCCUCUAAGCUUCUGUUUCUUGAGGGCCAUGCCUUCUGGUUUUUGAGGUUGGUGCAGCUUAACAGACAGUUUUUCCUGAGGACAAUGCUCCUGAUUAAAUGCUACCCUGGAUUUGAUUACUCCACUUUCUCCUCUUUUUCCAUCCCCUGGAUGAGACCCUGGUGAGGGUGUCACUGGCAGGUGGUGCAGGGAGCACCUAGGCUGGGCAGGAUAGGGUAGAGGCCUGGUGACCUGGAUUAGACCCUACCUCCUCCCAGGUCACCUGAAAGGCAGGCUGCUAGUGACUUCUGGGCUCUGAGCACAGCCAGGUCUCUAGCUGGUUUGGAAGAAGUGGGACAAGGGUCUCAGGGCUGGCUCAGGGACUUCCUUUCCCCUUUCCCCACCCAACCCUUUAUCUAUGGAGUGUGUGGGACAGGGAAGGGUGCCUAUGACUGGUGCUCCUCACCCUUCCUGAUAUCACAUGGGGCUCGGCUUAUCUUGCUGACUACCAUAUAUGUCACCAAGAUACCAGAGUGGGCAUCUGGGCAGGGAAAUUGGGUUGCAGAGCCUCCAGGAGCUUUGGAGGGGCUGUGUAGCCCUGGGGACAUGGGAUCAAGUCUUAGGGCAACCUGGAACUAGUCUCUUAUCUCUUGUUUAUCUGUUGAAAUAUCACAGCUACCACCUAGGUACUGUCAUUGUAGGGGGCCAGUAAGGGUUUUUCCCAUGGACGGUCAGGGAGCUGCACCUGCAGGGUGUUCUCCCUUCCUGGCCCCUCAAAGAUGGAAUGCCUGAGUGGAUGACCAUUUCUUCAAGAUUCCACAAACCUGAGGACAGGGGUAUGCCCUGCCUCAGUUCUCAGAACUUUAGUUUCUAUUUACAUUGUCAUAUCACCUGAGGGCCUACAGCAGCUCCUAGCUCUGUAACCACAGCUUGGAAAGUGGGACCUGGUGACUAGUAGACACCUGAAAAGCCUGUGAUGAGUUGUGGGCAGAGCCUACUCCUACCCAGCCCCCAUGCCAGGCUCCUCUGGUGCUCCUGUGACUUUGCCAGCAGGCUGCUGUCGUUUCUGCAGGUGCCUCUAUGGAGAAGUCACGAGGCUGGCAGGGGAACCAGCUGCUCACCUGGCUCCCUCCCCAUCCCUGGGGGAGGCCUGUGCCAGCCAUUCUCUCAGUGAGGCAGAGGGAGGCUUCCUGAGUAGGAGUGCUCAGCCCAGAGAGUGAGACCAGAUGCUGCUGUUUCUUCCUGAAGCACUUCACCGCUUAUUAACCUUGGCAGAAGGAACACUGUCCAUUCCACCUAUGACGACCCUGGAGGGGAAGGGGCCCUAGUGAGGGGAAGGGGCACCCGUGGCCACGCAGGGCUCCAGAAGUGGAUGACCAAGUCCAUGGGCCCUUGCUUUCAGUCUUCAUAGCCACCUUUGGAUGUGUGCCCCAAGGGCAGUUAAAGUUCUCACCUACUUGGAGCCCAGAGGCCAGCUGUCCCUUGAUCCCCAUGCCUGGCCAGGCUUCUGACCUGGGGUUCCCCCAUCAGGGGCUUUUUGUGGGUUGGAGUCUCUGCAGGCUAGAGAGGCAGGCAGCCACUGGAGUUGAGACUCUUCACCUGUGCAUCUGUGCCAUGGAGCAAGGAGUGUGUCCUCUGUGGUCGGGCUGGUGUCAGAGCACUUCUCCCAGGCCCCGCAGAAGCUGUCCUCCUACAGUUGGUACGGCAGCAUCCGGCUCUUCCAUUUCCGUGUGCCCCCAGACACCGUGCUGCUGCGCUGGCUGUUGCACGUGUCCUGGGACAGCAGCACGCCCUGCACCGAUGUGGAGAUCACCAUGCACUUCCGCCAUGGGGCCCCUCCCGUUAUCAACCCGCUGGGCACCAGCUUCCCCAACAAUACCAUCCAGCAGCCCUCCUUCCAAGUCAGGGCACUGCUGACCUCCAUGCUGCUGGACAACACCUCUGUGAACGUCUCCCACCCAGCCCCUGGGGACUGGUUUGUGGCCGCCCAUCUGCCCCCCUCCUCCCAGAAGAUCGAGGUACAGGGCUUUGCUCCCACCUGUGCCUACGUCUUUCAGCCUGACAUGCUGGUCAUGCGGGCUAUGGAGGUCUCCAUCCUGGAGCCUGAUGUGCCCCUUCCGCAGACUCUCCUCUCCCACCCCAACUACCUCAAGAUCUUCGUCCCUGAGUAUACCCAGGAGCUUCUGCUGGAGCUGCAGGGCUGUGUGUCCAGUGGGAGCCCGGGCUGCCCUGUGCGUCUCACGGUGGGCGGGGCCACCCUUCCCAGCAACUUCCAGAAGGUGCUGACCUGCACAGACCCCACACUGUCCUGUCGUCUGUUGCUGCCGUCACCACCCUGGGGCCGGUGGCUACAAGUAACAGCUGAGAGCCUGGCGGGGCCCCAGGUGUCAGUGGCCUUCAUAGCCCAAGCUGCCCUCACAGCCUGCAGGCCAUGGAGCAUGACCUUCCAGCGCCUUCUGCGAAACAGCCCAAACCAGAGCCAUGAUACCUCCGUGGGCCAGCUGUCCCCAGGCCCUGCCCAUCAGGGCCUAGGCAGGAGCAGUGGGGUGGGCGGUGGCACCUUCUGCCUCCUGAGCUUCCCCGUCAUGAGGGAGGACAUAGACACAGUGUCUGUGCGCUUUCAGCCCAUGGAUGGGAUCUCGGUGCUGGUGCGUUCUGACGCUCCCUCCCUCUUGCGGCUCCACCUCGACACCGGCAUGGACAGUGGGGGUUCCCUCACCAUCACCCUGAGGGUCAACAAGACUGAGGUCUCAGGGGACACCUUGGUGGUGGCCUGUGUGAAUGCUGCCUCAGCCUUCCUCAGCUUCAACACUUCACUCAACUGCACCACAGCCUUCUUCCAGGGUUACCCCUUAUCUCUGCGUGCCUCCUCUCCUGUGGCCAACCUCAUCAUCCCCUACCCAGAGACAAGCAGCUGGUACCUCUCCCUGCAGCUCCUGUGCCCUGAGAGUCCUGGGGUCUGUGAACAGACCAUGGUCCAUGUAGAGACCGUACUGUACCUGGUGCCAUGUUUGAAUGACUGCGGACCUUAUGGCCAGUGCCUCUUGCUGCGAAGAUAUAGCUACCUGUAUGCAGGUUGCAGCUGCAAGGCAGUCUGCACCUGGGUGAUGGUAGGGAUCUGGAAUUCAGAAGGCUUCCCACUUGGAGCCUUGGCCCCAGGUACCUGCCUCAGGCCCCUGAACACUGCAUGGCCCCCAGGCUGGCGUGGGUGGAGCUGCACUGACAACAGCACGGCCCAGACGGUGGCCCAGCAGAAGGUGGCCGCACUGCUGCUCACCCUGAGCAACCUCAUGUUCCUGGUCCCCAUCAUGUUGUCUGUGCAGCGUGCCUUCCUAGUGGAGGCCUCUGUCUACUUCUACACCAUGUUCUUCUCCACGUUCUACCACGCCUGUGACCAGCCAGGGGAGGCGGUGUUGUGCAUCCUCAGCUAUGACACACUGCAGUACUGCGACUUCCUGGGCUCUGGGGUGUCCACCUGGGUCACGAUCCUCUGCAUGGCCAGGCUGAAGACAGUCCUGAAACACGUCCUGUUUCUCCUGGGCACAUUGGUCAUCGCCAUGUCCCUGCAGCUAGAUCGCAGAGGCAUUUGGAACAUGAUGGGGCCCUGCCUCUUUGCUUUUAUGAUCAUGGCCUUCAUGUGGGUACAGCGCUGCAGGCACCGGCACCAAUGCUACCCGACGUCAUGGCAGCGCUGGGCCUUCUGCCUCCUACCUGGUAUCUCCAUGGCCUCUAUGGGCGUUGCCAUCUAUACCUCCAUGAUGACCAGUGACAACUAUUACUACACUCACAGCAUCUGGCACAUACUGCUGGCUGGGAGCGCAGCUUUCCUGCUACCACCACGGGAGGAGCAGACUGAGCCCUGGGCCUGCUCACAGAAAUUCCCCUGCCACUAUCAGAUCUGCAAGAACAAUCAGGAUGAGCUAUACACAGUGACUUGACGUAGCCAGCUUGGGGACACCUGCUACUGUAACUUCUUCAGUCAGGAGCAGGACCAAGGGAGAGGAGCCCUGUCCAGCCCUGUCCAAAUUAGUUCCUAACGAAAUAAAAUUGCCCUGAGACCUUAGCUCCCUCCUCUAGAAGGAGGGAUCACCACUCCCCAACUCAACCAGCUCCCUUGCUUCUGCUGCUGAAGUCCACUGCAGGUCUCAGCAAUUUCUACAGGCCCCUGGAAACCACAGGUACCCUGUGCUCUGCUGGCCUGAAAUGGCCAGAGGUGUAGAGAAAACUCCCUGUUCCCCUAUAAAGUUAUGAUGUGAGACCCACAUGGCCAAAGAGACCCCAGUCCACUGAGGCUGGUAGCUGGGCAUUCCUAGCAUCCUUUACAUUCUGCCCCUGAAUGCCAGCUGCCUCAGGUAUGGGGACACCCUCCCCCCCCAGUGGCAGCAGCUGCAGUGGGAGAAACCAAGAUCACCAAAGAGCUGAUUGACCCCCAAGGAUACAGCAGAGCCCUGCCCUUCCCCUGCUCUCUGCCGUGGAGCCACCAUCCUGAGGAGAGCCUCCUGGGGAGGAGGCUACUCAGCAGUUCUGAAGGCCCCAGGAGGCACACUGUUGCAAGGCACUUGUGUACUGCUCACUUCAAGGUCCCUUCCUUGUCUGGUGAGCAUCCUUUUGGGCUGCCCCCUGCACAAGGCCCACUGAAGCUUGGGGAGGAGUCUCUGGAGACCCAGCCCAGCCUUCCUGCUCCUGAGAGCUCUGCCCCCAGACCUAAGUGUUGUUUCCCUUUGAGUGGGGAAAAGGCUCCUGGAAAGCUGGUGCUGACGAGGACCAGGAGGCGGCCCUUCCAGCUCUGGGGGCUUUCUCUCUGGGCCUGUCCAGGGCCAGGUCUUCUGGAGUUCCACCAGCCCCAGGCACCUUGCGCACAGCCACCAAAGCAUUCUCAACCUCUAAGAGGGGAAACAUGCAUAUAUGGUGUUUCAGGGGGUAAAAUAUUCCAAGGCAUAAAGACAUAUUUUUAUGUGAUUGGUGAAUUUAAUAUUAUACAGUGAUUUUUU